AUGUCUCUCUUCCGAACCAUCCCUACUGCUGGCGACUUCGCUCCUCUCUUCCGCCUGCUGGACGACUAUGAUCUCCACCGCUCCGGCCAAGGCUCCUCGGUGACUUCUGCUCGCACCUUUGCGCCUCGCUUCGACGUCCGCGAGACCUCGGAUGGCUACCACCUCGAUGGUGAGCUGCCCGGCAUCGCCCAGAAGGACGUCGACAUUGAGUUCUCCGACCCUCAGACUCUCGUGAUCAAGGGUCGCACCGAGCGCGAAUACCACUCCUCGGACAAUGACGAGGCCCAGAACACCCCUGCCCCGGAGAACGCCAACAACAAUAACCAGGGCGAGGGCAGCGCUGUGGUCCCCUCGGGCGAUAAGCAAGUCUCCAAGAACAAGUCUAAGGCCAAGCACCACUACUGGGUCAGCGAGCGCUCCGUUGGCGAGUUCCACCGCACCUUCUCCUUCCCUACUCGCGUCGACCAGGAUGCUGUCAAGGCUUCCUUGAAGAAUGGCAUCCUGUCCAUCUUCGUGCCUAAGGCGGCUGCUCCUUCUUCGAAGAAGAUUACCAUCGAGUAA